CCUGAUGGGACAAUGAUCCAGGGUGUCAUUCUUGCAAGUGAUGAGACUCACCUUACAAACUUCUCUGGAUCAAAAGUUUUUCAUGCUGUCUAUAUGACACUUGGAAAUAUCCAUGGUGACAUCCGAUGGCAACCUGAUAGUGGUGCCUGGCUGCUUCUUGCAAUCCUGCCAACAUCCUCCUUUACCCAGACUGUCCUCACAUACACAUCUCCUCAAUCACAUGACAAAUUGACCAAGAAUGAGGCAGCCACCCUUCCAGGGAUUCUUAAGCAUCAACUCUUCCAUGCAUGCAUGAAAAUAAUCACUGCACCACUUCACCCCUCUCAGCAUCCCCACCCAGUUCUAGGCCCAGACAGAAAUGUCCGUAUGUGCAGGAGCAAUGCCUGA